CAACACGACCCCCUCCCACCUCGACUCAGCGAUAAGCAAACAGAAAAAGAAAACGGUGCGCAGGAAGGUAGAGGUAAAGAAGGUAGCCAUGAGGACCAGCUUUAUUUUCUUUAUUUAUCUCCUUCGUGGAGUUCAUAGUGGAUCCUACACGGAUCCUGAGUCUCUAAACCUAUGUGUCCACAUGAUUGUGUCCCGUGGUUUUAACCUCCCUGAGUUUGUACAGAGGACCACCCUGGAUGACGUGACCAUCUUCUACCAUGACAGUAACAUGGCUUCUAAAAUGCCCCGUCCUGACUGGCUAAACAGUAUUGCAGGACAGUGGCACUGGAAACAUAUACAGAACUGGGCAGAUCGCAACAGACGUGUAAUUUCUCAAGGAUUCACUUCAGCUCUUCAGCAGUUUAACAGGACAGGCUCCUUGGCUGACAGUAACAUAUACGAGGGCUGGGGCUGCUGUACUCUCUAUCCAAAUGGAACCUACAGGUCAUCACUAACACACAAAUUCAAUGGAAAAGACUUUAUAAGUCUUGAUUUGGACAGAAGGGUGUUCGUUGCUGCAGUUUCUGAAGCAGUUCUGUAUAAAAAUCAGAGAUGCAGAGAUGAAAGGGACAUGAAUGACAUAACAGAUUUCUACAGAAAAGUGAUUGUAGAUCGACUGAACAUAUUCAAGAAUGCUCCUCCAGUCCGCAUCAGAAAAGUUCCAGAAGUCAGCAUCUUUGAGAAACAGAUGACCGGCUCCAUCACAAUCACAUGUCAUGUGACGGGGUUUUACCCCCGGGCGGUUCAGGUGGACUGGCUUGGUCCAGAUCAGCCUGUGGAUGAAGCGUUCACUGAUGUCCUGCCCAACGAGGACGGCACAUACCAGACCAGAAAGAGUGUGACAGUUCCAGAGGAGGAUGUAGGAAAACACACCUACAGCUGUGUAGUGCUUCAUAGCAGCGUAGCACACAACAUCACCAAAGUCUGGGUUGGGGAGUUUCAGUAUCACCGCAGGGCUGGUGUUUGGAUAUCUCUCGCCAUUUUCCUGUUAGCCACUGGAUUUGUUUUCUGGAGACGCUGUAGAUCUAAUAGUAAAGUAAAUGAAUGAAAUGCUGUGAGCUGAAGUGAACCUUCAAGAACCUUUUACUGCAACUUGCUCUGAUUCCAGAAGAGGAGCUUACAGCAUGUCUGUCAUCUUUCAGCCUUCUUAAGUCUUACCUUACACCCAUCUUACCAUGCAUUUUACUACCUUUUACUGAAACCAACUCUGGGUCAUGUUUGAAAGUUUGAUUUCCAUAUAUACAGCAGUAUGAGAGUAAAGUAAAGGAAGCUACUACAAUAUGGGAGAAAAGAAGAGUCUGCAGAGGCAGCAAAUGAAAAAGGGAGGCAGACAAAAGCCUUGUUUGAGCUGGAUUAGUUUUACCAGAGGAGGUCCAGUAAAUUGAUUUAUGUGUGAUAUGACUGGCCAAUUCGUACGGGAUAAAGGAUCAGUGUAAUUUCACCAAAUUACUCCGACUACCCCGGAUCGAAACAUCAUCAAGCAGACAUUUACCUCAGCAUUAUGCAGCAGGUGCCACACUUUUGAACAACACAACAGGCUGUGCAGCUAAAAAGCAAAUAUGGCACCAAAAAAGGUGAGAGGGAGACUUUACAUCUAAUUUCAGUGUGAGGUGACGACUACUAUCAAUGGUAAUUCGAGAUGAUGGUGCAUAGUCAUAGUGUGUGGCAGGGAGUAUACAGCAAAUUAGUGUGGAUUUCAGUAGUCUUGUCAUGAACUUGAGGAUUAAGGAUUUGGGACAAAUCAAGCUUCAUUUUAGCUGUUAGCUUUGUCGCAAAAAAACAAAAAAAAAGCCAUUUUAUUAUGUUACUGUGAUGUGGAUUUGAACAAGAAAGUUCGAAUUCGAACAAGACUGCUGUUACUGGGGGAACUCAAAGUUCAGCAAAUUAUAGAAGGUAGUUCACUGCUGACUUAUUACUUUACUCAAAUUACAGCACUUCCCCAGAUGAAACUAAUCCAGCUUGAAUAGGGUUUAAGUUUAUCUACCUGCUGUCAUAACUGUGUUAUGUCUCUGUGUUAAUAUCUCUGUGUUAACUAUGAUAAUGAUUUCUAAAUGUGAAAUGUUGUUUUUACACUCAUUGUCCAUUUUUAUCAGCUCCACUGAUUAUAUAGGAGCACUUUGUUGUGCUACAGUUACCGACUGCCGUCCAUCUGUUUCUUUGCAUACUUUGUUAGCCCCCUUUUACCCUGUUCAUCAAUGGUCAGGACCCCCACAGGACCACCACAGAGCAGGUAUUAUUUGGGUGGUGGAUCAUUCUCAGCACUGCAGUAACACUGAUGUGGUGGUGGUGGCGUGUUGGUGUGUGUUGUGCUUGUACGAGUGUAUCAGACACAGCAGUCUCAGGUUUAGAACUGCCUUUGUCAGUAUUGACAAAUUAGAUAUUUUUAGAAGGGAUUUUUUUCACAUACUGAGCUGUUUUGUAAUGAUAGUGGUGAUUUCUUCUUCUUUUGGUUAAUUACAAUGAACUUGAAAUUCAUUGGCUACCGAAGCUCAUAAUUUCAGCAGAAAGCACUUCCUGAGUCUUCAUUAAUAAGCUUUUUAUCUUUGUAAGUUAUAAGCUUUAUGUUUUUUGAAGUUGUGUGUUUGCACAUCCUGUUUACAUAGACACUUUCAUGUCAGGUAUCAAAAGACUUUUUUUAUAGUUUGUGAAUGCAAAAUUUUAAUAAAUGGUUUAUUUUUUACA